UCGCGCGAUAAGUCCGAGGGUCGGAAGUCCUUUUUGUUGUGUUUUCCCAGCAGCAGCCGGAGAGUGAGCUUUUCGCCGGCGAGGAUGGAUCGCGUCCAGCUUCUCCUUUUAGGGUUUCCCAUAUUCCUCUUCUGCUCCGAUCUCCUCAAUCUUUUCACCCCGCCUCCCCCUCCUCCCCCGAAGCACCAGUCUCUCAUCCACCACCACCACCGCCAGCCGCCCCCCGCCAUCCACCAAAAGACCGAUUUAUUCACCGCCCAGGGUAAUCAACACCGAGGAUUAGGUUACGGCACCAUUGUGGAACUGAAAUUCUGUGUCGCUUGCUCUUAUAGGGGAAAUGCAAUGACAAUGAAGAAAAUGCUGGAAACUUCUUUUCCUGGGAUUGAAGUAAUUUUGUCAAAUUACCCCCCAGCCCUUCCAAAACGUCUACUAAGCAAAGUGGUUCCUAUUGUUCAAGUUGGAACUAUUGCAGUUGUAGUGGCAGGUGAUCAGAUUUUCCCAAGGCUGGGAAUGACACCACCUCCAUGGUACUUUAGCUUGCGUGCUAAUAGGUUUGGAGCUAUUGCCACAACUUGGCUUUUCGGCAACUUUGCACAGUCUAUGCUACAGAGCACUGGUGCAUUUGAAGUUUACUGCAAUGGUGACUUGGUUUUCUCUAAACUGCAGGAGCACAGGUUCCCUGGUGAAGUUGAGUUGAGAGAACUAAUUGCCAGCAGGGUUGCCUAAUUAUGCAUUCAGGAAGAACGUUGGAAGUGUUUGGUCCUAGUAGACUGGGGAUUCACUUCACCAAAGUUGCACCAUCUGAUCGGUCCACUGUCCUAUGACUUUUUUCAGGAAAAAGAGUUGACAACUUCUACCACUCAAAAACUUUGUUAGUCUGCCUUCUUACUGUGUAUCUAUUGGCUCUCUGAAUGAUUACUGAGUUGUUUUAAAACAAAAAAAAAUUGAAUCUCCCAAUUGUGUAAUCAAUCUGCUGGCAAAGUUCCAUGAUCUUUA